CCACGGAGCCGGACACUGCAAACGCCGCGACGCACUGCUGCAGCGCCAACAAUAUCAACCACAUCCGGUCCGGAGGCUUCAUCGCCGCAGUCUUGUACGUGUUACGUUCGGUUAUUGGUGUUGUAAUAUAUUAUUGUUACGUAUAAUAAUUAUUAUUAUAAUAUUAUAUUAUAUCUUUGGGGGGGAGGUAAGGUGUGCAAUACGUAUCGUGUCGCGGAGCAAUCGAGUUGGCGGGCUAAAACGAAAACUGCACAGUUGACGGCGCUACAGGUGAAUUCACAAUGAUAGAAGCUGAUGUUAUUACUGGUCAUUUGAUUGAUGAACCUCAAACACAAGCGGAGAAAACUGACCGAAUACCAAUAAUGGGUCAUCCUCCUUCAAUAACAUCAGACUUGAGUCUUAAAGAAUUUUUAGAUGCAUGGAACAAUACAAAUAAAAUUAUAAAGCUUGAUUUUAAAUCAACUGAAGCAUUUAAACUAGCCUUGCCAGUCAUUGAAAACGCUUAUAAAGAUUCGCCUCCAAAUCGUUUGCCUUGGUUGAAUGCAGAUAUCUUACGUGGUCCCGGUCCAGGAAACAGUCCUGGAGUAGACGCAGAUACUUUCCUUAAAGUAUCGUCCACAAGUUUUCCAGAUUCAAUUUUAUCGUUAGGCUGGACUACUCAACGCAAUGAUAACGACAAGUAUUCGGAGCAUUACAUUAAUGAUAUGGUAGACGUACUGUUUAAAAACAAAUACAUGAAACCUGUGACUUACGCGGUACGAGCGUCGUUUGCAGUCAAUUCGAUAUCGGAACUUCAAUAUUUAUUGGAGACAUCGCCGGUUGGUUCAACUCUAACUGUCUGGUGUAGUGAUCCUAAAGAUAUCAUCAAUUAUCCAAAUCUUGUACAGCUGAUAAAUACCGUUGGAGUAAAUCGAGUGUACCUGGAUUUACCUGAAGAAAUGUCCAAGAUUUUUUUCGAAACGUAUUCAACCAGUAUUAAUAGUAUAGCGAACAAUAUUACUGGCUUCCAGUCUUUGUUCCUGGCGUCAUUGCUUGCGCUAAUAAACGUAUUAUUUUAAAACUUUUUCCAUACUUACUAAUUAAUAAUUAGGUAAA